CGCACGCGCGCUGGGAUCCAGGCUGAGUGCCUGCUGCCCGGGUUGGAGGGCACUCGAAGCAAUGGCAAUGCACUGAGAGCCGGGCACUAGGAAAAGGAGGGGGGACGGCGCCGGAUCGGAGACACACACACACACACACACUCCAGCCCUCCGCCCCUGCAAAGUCACGUUUUGUGGGGAACAGGCUGGAAUGCAGUUGUAAACGAUGAGUUUAUGUGCAGAGAUCUGCCAGUCGGAGAACUCUAACUAUAAUGCAGAUGGGUUACAUCAACGUUAUGGAGUCCGAUCAUAUCUGCAUAAGUUCUAUGAAGACUGUACGGCAUCUAUAUGGGAGCAUGAGGAUGAUUUUCAGAUUAAGAGGUCUCCAAGCAGGUGGCAUUCUGUUGUCUGGAAGGUUGGACUUACAUCUGGGACUACCAUACUGCUUAUAGGAUUGGCACUGAUUGCAGCUGGCUAUCUGGUACCACCAAAGAUUGAAGCAUUUGGAGAGGAGAAUGAAGAUUUUCUGGUAGUGGAUGGUCAUGCUGUCCAAUUCAAUGUGGCAUUGGAUACAUGUAAGUUGGCAGGGGCCAUCCUCUUUUGCAUUGGUGGGAUGAUAAUAGCUGCUUGCCUUCUAAUGUCCACCUUUGCCACGAGUUACUCCAAGGAAGAGAAAUACCUUCAGCAGAAGUUCAAAGAGAGAAUUGCAGAAGCCCAGGCUUCCUUCCAGCCUGUCACUAAGAUACCAACUCCAGGUGAACAUAAAAUCCCCAUCACUUUAUCUAAAGUACAUAACAUACAGCCCACCUUGGAGACCUAAAAUGCAAAUAUUAGCCCAAUGUAAAGUAUCUGUACCAGCUAAAAUCUUUUUAAAUGUUUUAUCAUAUUUUUAUAGAGGUUUAAAAGAAGUAGCAUAUGUGCUCAACCCCUAAAUUUCAGAUUUAUGCCUUCAUUCAGUAAAUCAUGCAGGAAUCUCAUGAGAGAUUUCAUAUCAAUUGUACAUUGACCAACAUCAUUCCAACAUUCACCAGAUUCAGAAUACAGAUGCAAGCUCCAACUUGUAAAGUAGUUUGUUUAUGAGUCUAAUGUGAAAUGGCUUUUAUGUGUAUUUGAAAUAAAUUAAAGUAUGACU